UAGGGGGCAGCACCGCGCCUGCGCAGCGCCCUGCAGCAGAAGAAGUCUGACGUCACACCUGCUGACGUCACGUCCCCAGGAGACGAUGGCGGCCGCAGUGAGGUUGCUAAGCGGAGCUUCGAGGUCCAGAUGCAGACUUUCCUCGCCGAGCUGCAGCCAGCACCGCAGCCUGAGCACAGGUCUUCGCCUCCUGGCCCGUCCCCGGCCGUUUCCUCUGCUCAUCGUCACUGGGGGCUGUUACCUUGGGUACCAGCAGUACAAGAGGCGGGGCCAACAGGAUGAAGAGGCUGCACCCCACUUAGCCACGCCCACACAGGUGGCGCUGUACCGCACCUUCCCGACCCGCCUCGUCUCUCGGGCCUGGGGCCGUCUGAACGGCUUGGACCUUCCCACCUGGCUCCGUAAACCCAUCUACUCCUUGUACAUCUGGACAUUUGGCGUCAACAUGCAGGAGGCAGCGGUGGAGGAUUUACAUCAUUAUAAAAAUCUGGGGGAAUUUUUCCGUCGACGUCUGAAACCUGCAGUCCGACCAGUUUGUGCUGCUUCCUGCCUGACAUCUCCAGCUGACGGGAAGAUCCUUCAUUUUGGGCGAGUGAAGAACUCUGAGGUGGAACAGGUGAAGGGGGUUACCUACAGUCUGGAGAGCUUCCUGGGUCCACAGACGAGCCGCGGCUCAGACCCGUCCUCGUCGUCCUUCCAGGAGCACCUUCUGUCGUCUCCUGACACCGAGCUGUUCCACGUGGUGGUCUACCUGGCUCCAGGUGACUACCACUGCUUCCACUCCCCAACCGACUGGAAGGUGGAGCUGCGCCGUCAUUUCCCAGGCUCGUUAAUGUCAGUCAACCCAGGUGUGGCCCGCUGGGUCAAAGAGCUGUUCUGCCUUAACGAGAGGGUGGUGCUGAGCGGCCAAUGGCAGCACGGCUUCUUCUCCCUGACGGCGGUGGGCGCCACCAACGUGGGCUCCAUCAGGGUCUACUUCGACCAGGAGCUGCGGACAAACACUCCUCGCUACAGCCAAGGCUCAUUCCAUGAUCGAAGCUAUGUUGCUGUGGGCAACCAGGUGAAAUCAGCUACAGGUGAAGGGGGUGUGGCUUUGCACAAAGGAGAGCCUGUUGGGGAGUUUAACCUGGGCUCCACCAUCGUUCUGCUGUUCGAGGCUCCCAGAGACUUCAGCUUCAGCCUGCAGCCUGGACAGCGAAUCAGAAUGGGGGAGGGCCUCGGCAGCCUUUGAUUGGCUAAACGUUUCAGGGGGUGUGGUCUGCAGUGCAAUCUGGGAGGUCUUUAAUUACCUGCAGACACUGAGGGCGGAGCAUUGUGGAGGACAUAGGAAAAGACUUAACCUGUACUCAAACUCCCAGGAUGCUUUGUGCCAAAGCUUUCUCUUUCUGUGCUUCGGAUCCACGGCGCCACCAAAUGGCCAAAGUUUUAACUCAGAGACCUUCAGUUGCCUCGUCAUCGGUUUGAAGCAGCUCAUUGGUAGAAAGCACGGUGACAUCAUCAGUGAUCUUCUGAUUGAUUGGCUGAAAGCUGCAAACUUUGUUUACUUUUGUAAAUUAUAUCAGUGUAAAAAAUAAAUUUCUACUUCCA